AUGAAGGCCACAACAACAGCCACCACAGAGCUUGAAGCGGGCGCUCGUUCUGCUACGGCUGUUCAGGAAGAGCUGCUGGACCGGAAGGCGGUGGACGCCUCUUCUCAGACUCUUAUGGACCGCCGCCAGAAGGAUCCUCGCGAUAACGAGACUAAACUUCAAGAUCGAAUUGCAACCCUCAAGGCACAGGUAUCAGACCUAAGCGAUUGGCUUGAAGAUAGCGAGCGUACCAGUAAGCGUAAGGAGGCGAAGUUCUGUGCGAAUAUCAAAUCACUCCAGGCCGGACUUAAUCAAAAGAACUCGACCAUCCGCGAGCUCGAAGAAGAGCAAGAGCAAUUGUGGUCCCAGCAGGAAGCGUGGUACGAACAAAUGGAGUGUAAGUACGACGCGGAGAUUCAGGAACUACAGUCCAAGCACGAAGCGAAGAUUCAGCAACUGCAGUCCAAGCACGAAGCGGAGGAUGAGCGACGAACGUCAGAAUUCAAUGCGGAGGUUGAGCGCUCCGCGCUGGUAACACACGAACGGGAGCUCCGUCGGGUCGCCGAAGAAACGACACGUGAUGCACUCUCUUCGCUGCGCAUCAACGCGGGGCACGCAAAGGAGAAUGACACACUAAAAGCAGAGAAGAAACAGCUUCAGGCAGAUUUUGAGGCAGCCCGAAAAACGUACGCACGAGUGCGCGGCGAGAGCUUCCGGCAACAGCAAAGUCAAGAGGCGCUAAUAGAGUACAUGAUCGCAAAGAUUGACGGCCUUCAAGCGGCAGCCAUGGAUCAAGUAACUAGUCGAGAAACUAUAGAAAGGGAGUUCGUGAAGGCCUAUCAGCUUGUCCAACAGAAGGGCAGGCUGGUCGACGAGUUAGAGGAGGAGUUAAAGAAACAGGCCAAAACACACAGCACGGAGAUGCAAACACUGGACAGGUCUUGUUGGAGAAUGAUACAACACUGUGAGCAGAUAUUAUCGGACCACAAGGAUGAGCGAAGAAGACCGCCGUUACGGUCUGACGAAACGGUGCUCGCUAAGCCGAACCCGAGGGGUAGCGCUUUAGCGGAGAUGAGGUUACGCUACGACGAGGACAGCCAACGAAAGGAGCUUGCUGUGGUACUAAAUCAGCAGCCGGGAAUCAAGAUGGAAACCAGUAAGUUGCUCCCCUUCCUUACCGGCCCGAUCAGUUGCUCGGUUGUUGAUUUGCUACCAGAGACCGUCACUACUACACAGGACCGGUACCAGUUGUCCUUGUCGUAUCCAGCCCCCCUAGCGGACAGCGAGGAUUACUGGAAUGAGUUGGUGAGGACCUUCGAAUGGGUCCUGAAGCCCAUCCGGGCCCGGUCGAUUCGGACCACUAGCGGGGAAGCUUGCUCACAAUAUGCCCAAACAAGGGUCGACCUUGCCCAACAGAUGCGAAGUACGAUCUGGCUAGAUGACGGCGGCGAGGAGGCUUAG